UUGAGCAUGCGCCGGAAGUGUGGCGGAGCAAGUGCUCGGCUCGAUCGACAUGACUUUUCAUCAGGAGCUGCUGGCCGCUGAUCGAUCAGAGAAAAUGCAGUUUUUAGAGGCAUAAUAGCGGAUUUAUCUCAUGACAGGACCACGCAGCUCCGCUUGAGGCCGCUGGAUGGAGAAACAGCAAAUAUGGCGAGCUAACCGAGUUAUGCGGGAGAGGAGCGAGUGUGUGCGCGUGUGAUUUAGUGAGUGAGGUCAUCGGCCGCAAUGAUGCAACAGAACCGCAACAUUCAGAUCAUCGAAUGGGAGGAUCUGGACAAGAGGAAGUUCUACUCGCUGGGCGUCUUCAUGACCAUGACCACACGGGCCGCCGUCUACCCGUUCACCCUGAUCCGCACCAGACUGCAGGUGCAGAAGGGCAAGUCGCUCUACAACGGCACUUUCGACGCCUUCUGUAAGAUUCUGAAGGCCGAGGGGGCGCGCGGCCUUUACCGAGGGUUCAUGGUCAACUCGUUCACACUGAUCUCAGGUCAGGCCUACAUCACUACCUACGAGUUGGUAAGGAAAUAUGUGUCCUGUUACACGUCCGAUAACACAGUCAAGUCUCUGGUGGCGGGCGGAGCGGCGUCACUGGUGGCCCAAAGCAUCACGGUGCCCAUCGACGUGGUGUCCCAGCAGCUGAUGGUGCAGGGGCAGGGGUGUCAGCUCACACGCUUCAAACUCAAACCCAAGAUGGCGAUGACCACGUCCAAACACAAAGUCACAUUUGGUCAGACCAGAGACAUUGCGGUUCUGAUUUUUCACACGGAUGGAUUUCGGGGUUUUUAUCGCGGAUAUGUGGCGUCCCUGCUCACCUACAUACCCAACAGCGCCGUCUGGUGGCCCUUUUAUCACUUUUAUGGAGAGCAGCUCUCUAAACUGGCCCCUGCUGACUGUCCGCACCUCCUCCUGCAGGCCGUGGCGGGACCGAUGGCUGCCGCGACUGCCUCCACCCUGACCAACCCCAUGGACGUGGUCCGAGCCAGAGUACAGGUUGAAGGUCGUUCGUCUGUGAUCGAGACGUUUAAGCAGCUCCUGGCCGAAGAGGGAGCGUGGGGUCUCACGAAGGGUCUCUCUGCACGCAUCAUUUCCUCCUUGCCCACGUCUGUCAUGAUCGUCAUUGGUUACGAGACACUGAAGAGACUCAGUCUGCGUCCUGAACUGGUGGACAGCAGACACUGGUGAAAACACUCACCUGACGCUAUACCUCAGCCUUUUAAACAGAUGCCUUUUAUUAUUUUCUCACCAUUUAUAAGGACCAGGCAAUAAUUGACUCUCAAAUGUGAAAUCUAUUUCCUUUCUCGUGGAUUUUGUAUAUUUUGUGACCUUUAAUCUGUUCCCGUGAACUCUGGCCCAUACUAGUAUUUUGUAACGAGACGUCAUGGAGCUCCUUAUAUUUGUCUUUUUCGCCUGGUAUGUGUUUGUUUAUCAGAGGUUUUGAAGUGAAAAAUACUUUGACAUGGUGAAUUCGAGUCUUUCUUGUGAAUCUCAUGCAGUGCCCUUCACUUCAUAUGACAGGAAGUGAGAUAAUCACAUACAUGCUAGGAAGAAUGAGAACAUGUCUGAGUCCGAAAUCUGAAAAAUGCUGCCUUCGGAGGAUGAUUUCCAAGGCAUCAAGGCACGUCUGAAUGCAAUGUUAGCUUCACUUCCUGUCUCCUGAGAAACCUUCAUCUGAUCCAUUUUUGAAGGCAGUAUAGAUGUAUCCUUCACUGCCUUUGAUAUCCCACAGUCCGGUGCUUUCCAUCCCAUGACAGUUGAGCUAAAAAAUAAAGAUGGUGCCUGAAA